AUGUCGUCGACACCGGCCAAGAAGGGAAUGCUCCCGCCCAUCAACUUGAUUUUCAAGUAUUUACAACAACAAUCUCCGGUGACUAUUUGGUUAUACGAACAAACGCAGCUGAGAAUCCAGGGUAAAAUAAGAGGUUUUGAUGAAUUUAUGAAUAUUGUUAUUGACGAUGCAAUUGAAGUGUCAACUAGUGAUGGAAGCAAAGAAGAGCUAGGCAGAAUACUACUAAAAGGGGAUAAUAUAACUCUUAUCUCAAGUUUGGAUACUUAG